AUGGAUAGUUUGUCAUUUUACUGUCUUUUAUUAUUAUUACUAUUGAAUAAACUGGCGUAUUCAGGGUUUGUGGAUAGGGACAGGGUUAAGUACUUUAACCAAUCCAGACUAAGGGCUUUAAAGACUGCCAAGAAAUCACUGGAACUGGACUGUAAUGGUCUUGCGAUAAAUCUUCUCAGCGUCCAGGUGACUUGUAAUGGCAAGGUGAUAUCUUUAACCUCACAUUUUUUGGAUGAAUGUGAAAGCAAGCCUUUUUGUACCUUGGACUUAGGGUGUUACGACGGAAUUAGUAAUUCAACAGUCCACUACACUUGUAGAGGGCUUGAUGAACUGGAUAUAAACGACAAGAAAAUAAAUUCUGCCUUUUUUCGUGACAACUCUCUUGCUUCUCUUCGAUGCGGUUUAAAUAGGUUCGUUUUUAUUUCUUCUGCUUUUUACAUUCACCACUUCUCUGACGUCAACGCUGGGAACGACGGCAUCACUGAUGAGGUGAAGAAGGAGUGUGACUAUGGUCAAGCUUGCAGUUUUAUUCCAAAACUACUUCCUGGUCUUAAUAAAGCCUACAAGGACUCUUAUGUUUACAUUACUUUCUCUUAUAAGUUUGCUUGUUCUACUUUGUAUUGUGAGGAGAAUUCUACUUGUGUUGUCAAGGGUCGUCUUCCUCCUGUCUGUGUCUGCAAUGACGGUUACGUUAUGAAAAAUGGCCAUUGUGUUAAGAAUCUUUCUGUCAAACCCAUUCCCAUUAACCAGAGGCCUUCUUGGGAACUUUGGCGUGGUGGCAUUCCUGAUGCUCUUGGUAAACUUAAUACUUUAGCUUCUAACGAGAAUAAAUUGAAGUUACCUCAUUCUAAGUCUGGGUUUUCUGAAAAUCAAGUCAAUAGAACCAAUGCCCAACUAUCCAACAGGGUCAAUACAGAAUCUAAAACGGAGUCUGAAUCAGAAACUCAAUCUAAUGAGAAUGAGCAAGAGGCUGAAUCGAAUAAGCAAGAAUCAGAAACUAGUGAAAGUGAACAAGAACAGGAAUCACAAAAUGAAGGUGAAAGUGAACAAGAACAGGAAUCACAAAAUGAAGGUGAAAGUGAACAAGAACAAGAAUCAGAAUCAGAAUCAGAAUCAGAAACUAGUGGGAAUGAACAAGGUGAUGCUGUUGAGUCUGAUAGUGCAGCAGUCCCCUCUGACGAACUUGUAGAUAAUUUAGAUGAGAAGGGAGGUAGGAAUCCCCCAAACCAUCUACAAGGUAACCAAACUAUGAAACCAGACCUGAUAAUAAAGGCCUGUUUUCUUAACGCUGACAGGAUAGUUGUGUUUGAAAUAUCAUGCAAUAAUAGACCAUGUGAAUACAGAUAUAAGGAGUGUUACAACAUUAGCAAUUGA